UCUUUUUUUUAUUGUUUGUUUAACAAUAAUAGAGAUAUUUUUUACCUAUUUCUAUUGUUAUCUUAUCUAUUACACGAAUAUUAAAAAACGAUGGUGAUAAUAUUGACAAUCGAAGUCCGGAAAUUCGUAAGAUAGUGCUGCCAACCAUAGUACGAAAAGAUAAAUUGGCAGUACUGCAAAUUUGACUGUGUGAAUUGCAUGUCAAACGUCAUUGUGCCCGCCGAAAAGUCAAGUCAUAAGCCGGCAUAAAAAACUGAAUAAACUUCCGUAGAUUACUAAGCAACCGGCUGGCUUUGCGGACAUUUAUUCGGAGAAAGAAAAGAUAGAGAGAGAAGUUAAAAUCAUAACUACUGGGUUCGAAUGUAUUGGAGAUAUAUAGCAGUCAAGCACAGUCAACCGUUGGUAGUGGCACGCAUUACCGUUGUUUCUCUUCGACCGUUUUACUCCUUUUUCCUUUUAUUAACGUUCUUUCUUGGUGAAGCUCCCUUUCUAAGAUACUAUAUUACCAUCAUCAUUUUUUCCUGUAUCACCUGUGCGUACAAUGUGUACAUCCUCCAAGUAUAUUUUUACAAUACAAAAUAUGAGACAUUCAUUAAAUUGUAUAUAAAACGUAUUUUGGAUCAACCGAAAAUCGCUGACAUUACGAAACAUUACUGGGAUAUCUUUUUCACGGGUUUUCAAUCAAUUGAAUGGAUCAAGAUGAAUAGUAAAUGAAGAAAAAAUGCAAUUGUAUCACCAAGGUUGCAACUAACAAAAUUGAGCAGAAGACAUGGAAGAUCGAUAUGCAGGCGUUAGCCGGCAGAACGGAGCUAACAUCGAAACGUCUUCUCCACAUGUGGACAUCGCCAUCCCGUUUGAGAAUUGGCCGAGCACCAAGGAAAAAGCCGUAAGCUGACGUGAAAGGAAGAAUUACUACGUCCUCAAUCAAGACUACUGCUUUCAAGGUCAUUAGACAUGGAUGAUACAAAGAAAUCUGCAUAUAAGAGAAAACUCUCAUUCCUUGGAUUUAGAAAGAGAUCAUCCUUCGAUGGACAUGGCACGGAAGCGAGCCCGGAGUUGGACGAGGAGAUGGAGAAGGUCUUUGCUAUGGACACUGAAGAAAAAUUCAACGUAGCCCGACUUGGAUCAACAUACGAAUCCUCUGGCUCCGACCGAGAUCGUGAUCGGGGUCCUCCCCCUCGAUAUGGCGAUCACGUUUUCAAUCAGCAUCGCAAAAAAAGUUAUCCACAUCCACACAUGCCACUGAAAAGUUUGCGUUCCAAAUCCAUGCGAAGACACCUUUCUGUAGACGGCACGGCAGGAGAGUAUGAUCACGAAGAAGAGAAUACAGUGAAUAGUCAGAAUGGAAAUAACGACCAAGAUGUGGACAAUUUAGAUAAUGGAGUUAUCACGACACCACCGAAUGAUGAACGUUCACCAUCAGAAGAAAAUACAAUUAGUAGUGAAUUCGAAGCACCAGUGUCUGAAAGAGCAGCAGUUAGUGUUAGUGACAGUCUUGAAGCUGUUAAUCCGCGAGUACAAUUUGAAAAAAUCCAGGAAGAAGGUGAUGUUGUGCCACCUCUAGAAGAACCUUUAAGUGAAGAAGAACGAAAAGUACGGCGUCAUCACAGCAAACACCAUGAUCACAAAAGACAUCAUCAUAAAUCUCGAAAAUAUUCUCUGCAAGAAGAUCCACAAUGGCGAAAAAGAUCAGGAGCAGGACUUCCCGACGUGACAGGCGCUUUGGGCAGAAGAGUAAGCGUUCAACCAGAGGAAGCAAGUACACUUCAGGAACUUGACAUCGAUGAUUUAGAAUCCCACAGGAGCGAUGAUCCUCGUGGUAUGCGACGGCACAAAGCCUCCCAUCCCAUGAUUCAAAUUGGUCGCAGAAAGGAAGGUGGAAUACCUCAUGAAACAUUUAAAAAGAUGUACGACCACUCACCGCAUGAGGUAUUUGUACAACUUGAUGAACUCCAUGGGGUGGGAGAAGAGCGCGAAUGGAGAGAAACGGCCAGGUGGAUUAAGUAUGAAGAAGAUGUAGAAGAAGGAGCUGAUAGAUGGGGAAGACCUCAUGUAGCGUCGUUGAGUUUUCACUCUUUGCUCAAUUUAAGACGAUGCUUAGAAACUGGUGUCGUGUUAUUGGACUUGGAAGAGAAAGAUGUGCCUGGAUUAGCUUAUAGAGUAGUUGAACAAAUGGUUGUAGAUGAGCUUAUUCUUCCUGAAGACCGUCCAGUUGUCAUGAGAGCACUUUUGCUUCGUCAUCGGCAUGUUAAUGAACAUGACAGAGGCUUUCGCUUUGGUGGAAAGCGUAACUAUGCUAGUUAUACAAGUCUACAGUCCGUCUGGCUGGAGGAAGAAGAUGCUACGCGGGAAGGAACUGAAAACCAUAAUUUAAAUGAUGCAAAGCCAAAAAUCAUCCCUACCAAUCAAGGACUAAUAAUGGAUAAUAACCAUACAACGAUAGAUAUGAAAGAAGAAAUGACGUAUACUAGCAGCAGUGAAGACCUAAAGAAAACUCACAAUGAUUAUAUUUUCAAAAGAAUACCAGCAGGUGCAGAGGCGACAAUUGUUUUAGUUGGUGCCGUGGAUUUCUUAGAUCAACCAACUAUUGCCUUUGUUCGUCUCGCAGAAGGAGUAUUGAUGCCAUCAAUAACAGAAGUAACAAUUCCUGUACGUUUUAUGUUUACGCUAUUGGGUCCACGAAAUGCAGAUCUAGAUUAUCAUGAGAUUGGUCGAUCAAUUUCAACACUCAUGGCUAAUAAAUCAUUUCAUAAAGUAGCUUAUAAAGCAACUGAAAGGCGCGAGCUUUUAUCAGCAAUUAAUGACUUUUUAGAUGAUUCAAUAGUAUUACCUCCCGGUGACUGGGAGCGACAAGCACUUUUACCAUUUGAUGAGUUGAAGGCAAAGAGUGAAGCUAUUAGAAAACGAAAAGCAAAAGCACUUGCGAUAGCAACUCCUCCAAUUACAAGUGACGCUGCGAAAAAGAAAGCUAUCCUUGCUGGAGAAGAAGAAAAACGUCCUGACGAUGAUCCUCUUCGUCGCACUCGACGUCCUUUUGGUGGACUUAUUAAUGAUAUAAAACGACGUUAUUCAUUUUAUUUAUCGGAUUUUACAGAUGGUUUAAACUCAUCGUGUAUUGCUGCAGCAAUAUUUAUGUAUUUUGCUGCACUCUGUGCAGCUAUUACUUUUGGAGGUCUAAUGAGUGACAAAACUCACAACGUCAUAGGAAUUUCUGAAACUUUAGUAUCUUGUUCAUGGACUGGUGUUAUCAUGGCACUUUUCUCAACUCAACCUCUUGUAAUUAUUGGCACGACUGGCCCUUUAUUACUAUUCGACGAAAGUCUUUACAACUUCUGUAUAUCAAAUGAACUUGAGUUUCUGACGAUGCGAUUGUACGUUGGCGUAUGGAUGGGCGUAAUUGCCUUGACAGUGGCAUGUGUUGAAGGAUCAGUUCUUGUACGUUUAUUUACUCGGUUUACAGAAGAAAUUUUCACCGGUCUUAUUUCAUUACUCUAUAUUGUAGAAACUUUUGUCAAACUUUAUAAUUAUUUCAAAAAGAAUCCAUUGCUACCUGAAUACUGUUUUGGAGCAGACAAUAGUACGAUGAAUUCUACAGAAAUAGUUGAAUAUGCAAAAUUAACUAAUUUAAUAAAUUACAAUCAGUCUAUAAUGAAUACAGAAUUUUUGCCGAGCCAUAAUCAAGCUGGACUAUUGAUCAAUCAACCCAAUACAGCAUUAAUGUGCACAAUACUUUGUUUGGGAACAUUUUUGGGUGCUUAUUAUCUUCGUAUUUUUCGAAACAGCCAUUAUUUAGGUAGAAGUGCAAGACGAGCAUUUGGAGAUUUUGGAGUGCCAAUCAGUAUCAUUAUCUUUGUCUUAAUAGACUACCUUGCUGAAGUAAAGACAGAAAAAUUACUUGUGCCAGAAGGUUUGACUCCAACGGUCCCUGGAAGAAAUUGGUUCGUAUCACCAAGUGGAACAGAGAAACCAAUACCAAUUUGGAUGGCUUUUGCUUGUGUUAUUCCUGCAUUCCUUGUUUACAUUCUUGUGUUCAUGGAAACACAAAUAUCAGAGUCUAUAAUUGACAAGAAAGAAAGAAAAUUGAGGAAAGGAAAUGGAUAUCACAUGGACAUUGUUGUCGUGUGUCUGAUGAAUGUCGGUUGCGGCUUAAUGGGAGCACCUUGGUGUUGUGCUGCAUCCGUUCGUUCUCUUACUCAUGUCUCAGCAGUGACGGUCAUGUCGCGCACUCACGCACCAGGAGACAAGCCACACAUUGUCGAGGUCAAGGAGCAGCGAGUUAGCGCUCUCCUUGUCGCUCUUCUUGUAGGAGUGAGUGUCCUGAUGGCUCCCCUGUUGCGUCGAGUACCCAUGGCUGUGCUUCUUGGAGUUUUUCUCUACAUGGGUAUAUCAUCAACCAACGGCGUUCAAUUAUUUGAUCGAGUGAAACUCUUCUUCAUGCCUGUAAAACAUCAUGGAACAGCUAACUACGUUCGACGAGUACAAACUUAUAAAAUGCACAUCUUUACCUUGGUGCAAAUAUUGUGUCUGGCUACUUUGUGGAUUGUUAAAAGCACUCAAGCAGCACUUGCGCUUCCAUUCUUUCUUAUUCUCAUGAUUCCUCUACGUGCUCAAAUGAGUCGAUUCUUUACUCCUGCUGAAUUACGAGCACUCGAUAGUAAAGGACCUGAUCAUGAAACUGUCGAAGAUGAAUUAGAUUUCUACGAGGAAGCACCACUCCCUGGUUAGAUUGUGCCUUAUCUAUUCAGUCAUUAAUACUUGGGAUACAAAAAUUUAUCAAUCUAAUUCAGACUUCAUUUCUCAACAUUAAAAUUGUUUCUUUUAAUUCAUAUCUGAUCGUCCAGGCUUUGCUCAAGACGUUUGAAAAAAAAUUGUAGAUACAAAUUGCAUUUCAAAGUAAUUUGAUUAUCUUUACUUAUAAGAAAACGUUUCUUCAAGAAGCUAGAAUUCUUGAGCUUAUACAUUAUCUUCUUAAAAUCAUCUGUUUAAGAUGAUAAAGUAAUUUCUCUAAGAGAAAAUUUUUUCAAUUAAGAAUAAUUCUUCUACUCAAACUAGAAUGUUUCUAUUAUUUUAAAAUUCAUUCAUUUUUUAUAACAUUCUUUUCUAGAAUGUAAUCUGUCAAUUAGUGAUUAGCCAUUCUGAACUUCAUUUAUAAAAUAAAAUGAAAUCAAUAAGUGAAUUAUUUAAUCAUGUUAUGAAGAUGAAAAAAUUGAUAUUAUACUUAAUAUGAAUAGUUGUCUUACUAAAACAAGACGAUAUCCUGUGUCAUAAAAUUGUAAAUAGUACUUAAAUGAAUAUCAAUUUAAAAUUGGAUCACUAAUUAGUAAUUUUGCAAAGCAUUUAGAGAUGUCAUUUCAUUGGAAUUAAUAAGAAUUUUAACCGGCGAAAUCAUGGUGCUUAAAUAAUUUUUAAUAUUUUAUUGUUGGUAAAUAAUACAGAUGUCAUGGUAAUAAUAUUCAAAUAUUGAAUUAAGGAAUUCAAUCAUUACCAUGACUCCUUAGACUAUGCUACCUCAGCAAUAUCAGAUCGAUGUGAUGAAUAUUGUAUUAUGUCAAUCUUAAAAAAAUUAAUUCAAGUCAACCUAUUCUUAGGUGCAUCUUUCAUCUACGUAAUUGAGAAUCGAUGUUUAAAAGAGGAAUAGGUACUGCAGAUAAUUUUCUUAUUAUAGUUUACAUUGCUAUCGUAUUUAUAUUACAAGCUUGAAAAAACAAGAAAAGGAAUUAUUGGAAAAUGGUAAUGAAAAAAAGUUCGGUGCUUGUUAACCUACUCGAAAGAGAUUAAUUAUUGAUGCUUUUGUUAAAAUGUAUAAUGUAAAAUUAUUUACGAAGCUUAUUUUUGUUUUAAUUACUGAAAAAUUCGGUACGAUUUUUAAAGUGGACAAUAAAUGAAUGAUUGUGGUAUAAAAAAAUGUAGAUUAAAUGUACCUGAACGAUGGAUGUGUUAAUCAUGUCGCGGGUCCAAGAAAGUAAAAGAGAAAUUGUAAAGAUUAAGAAUCAUCUAUUUUAAGGAAUGUUUAUUAAAAAAUAUAUUUUCAGUCUUCAUUUUAAACAAUUCACACGUAAAAUAUGAAUGGCAAAUAAUAUUUUAUUUUAAGAAAAUAAUAUAUUGAAAAUGAUGGAAAAAAACGAAUCAUAAGAAAUGUACUUAUUAAAAAUUAUAAUCAAAAGUAAGGUGGUUGAAGAAAUAUAUAUUACGAUGGGCAUAUUUUUAUAGAAUGACACAGUUAAGCAAAUAGGUUAACAUGUGUUGAAUUUAAUUAAAUAUAAUUAAUGGACAGUAAAACAGGCAAGACAAAGAAUUAUUUAUAAAUAAUUAAGAACGAAUUCUUAUUCUUAUAAUGUAAAAUUAUUCUACAUAAUGAAGAGCGUAAUAGAAUUAUGUUGUUAAAAUUUCAUGGAACUAUUUUAAAUUGAUAAUGAAUGAAUGUAUUUUAGAUAAAAAUCAGCACAUAUUGUUUAUAUCAGUUGAUUUUUCAAAUAACAAUCAUAAAUAAUAAUAAUCACCAUAAUUUAAAUAAUGUAUACUAACUUAGAUGAAUAGGUAGAUUAGAAGUAAAAAAAGAACUAUCAAGUUGGAAUAAUGUUAAAACAAAAUAUUCUUAAACUUUUAUCUUUGAGUAAUUUUAAAAGAAGUAAUGGGAUUUUAUUAAAUUUAUAUUUCUUUUUCAUUUUUCCUGUUACUAUUGUUUAUACCACAGAUAUA